AUGCACACAGCACCCGCUGGCACCGAGGAGUGCACAGCAUGGAGAGCCUAGUAGCAGCAGUCACACGCAAUGGCUGGCGGAGAACCUCUGAACCCGUAUGCUAUCCAGAGAGGUCCAAGGGGAAGUGGCGGCUACGGCUCAUGUUCACCAGCCGGAAAGGAGACAGGGCAACGAAGAAGUACGGCCCCUUGUGCAACACAGAGCAGGAAGCGCUUUGUGGCAGCCUUGCCUUCAGGUACAGCUGGGAGGGCAGCCAACGUGGUCAGCCCUGCGAGGUCAGCAAGGAGAAUCUAGUCCCAUCUGUUGCAGCGGGAAAAUCGCUCAACAGCCUCGGGAUCAUCGGCCGACCACAGGAACGGCAGUUCAAGCGACAGCGGCGGGCUGGCUCCGACGCGACCCGCGCGGAAUUUGCGAUGCAGCAGAUGCUCACCAGCCGCGAAAAACGCUCGAUAGAGCGGGGUUGGAGAAGGAGAGACAGAAAGCUUCGAAAGGCCUUCGAUCAACGUGGAGCCUACCUCGGCGGCCGGAUCAAAGACUUGACGGCAAACGUUGCAGCCAACGAGCAACACAUCAAGCGUCUCCAGGACGCCCUCCGGACUGGCCACCUCCCCAGCCUUCUCCUCCCCCUCCCCCUCCCUUCCGUGGAGGACGGUGAGAACGCGGGCGAUAGGACGUGGGCCGAGGACACGGGAAAACCGCCGGAGGAAAAAGUAGCCGAGAAGCAGAUAAUCCGGUUGUGGCAGCAAGCGUACUCAUCGUUGGAGGUGCUGAAAGAGGAGCGGGAGCGCGACGUCAAGCAGCUGGAGCUCACGCGGAAGGCGAACGAGGUUUUGUCCGGCUGCAAGCAUGCAACGGAUGCCGCCGUGAAGGAAGCCGAUGCCGAACGGUUUGACCUGCUCAACGAGGCGUCGUUGGUUCGGCACGAGGCUUCGCUCCUGCGGAUGGCGGCAAAGGUAGCAGGUUCUAGUCCGCAGGCUUAUGCGCCAUCAACGAUCCUGAGGUGGCUCAGAGACUUUCGGAAGGAAGGUGGUUUCAGGCGGGAUGCACGGGGUGCGCACGAGCCGGACUGGAUCAUGUCAGAGGAGGAUCUGAAGAGUGCGUUGCUGGCGUGGAUGAUAUCACAACCGCGUUUCACCAUCAAGGACGUCUGCAAGUACAUCAACGGGCCUCUGCUCCAAGACGACAAGGAGGAUCUUUCCAGGCUCCAUGCGUACCAGGUGAACCUUCCGGUUUCGAUGUCCACGACGCACUCGUGGAUGAUAAGGUUGGGUUGCAGGUACGAGCGGGCCACCAAGUCGUUCUACACGGACACCCACGAGAAGAAGGAGGUAGUCGAGUACCGCGGCGAGUACAUAGAGAAGAGACGCAAGAUGGCGCUGCGUCAACCCUUGUGGGUACGAGUGCAACGAGCCGCUCUCAAGCAGGAGGAGGUGGACCGACUCGACAGCCUUAAGUCGCGAGGCCCGGAAGGAGAUUUCUACGCAGAGGUGUACGACUGCAAGAUCGAUGGACAAGACUGCAUCGAAUUCCACGUAGAUCUCCUGCGCGACGACGGCUCCGUCGAUAACUUCGACAAGCUCCGCGCCGCACUUGGUCCAGAGGGUGGGGACUACAGCGUUCGCUUCGAUCAGGCCGCUGCUGCCCAGUGCGAGCAUUUCCACCCCCCGAACAAGUGCAGAUGCGGCAAGAAGGUGCACCACAUCGGGCAGGACGGAAGUGCCUACAAGGCGUAUGCACGCGAGGGCAAAGAGUGGGUGAUUCGAGGGGUGCGCGGACUGCGGAAAAAGACGGAGGGGCCGGGGGAAAUGGUGUCUGGUUUUCAGGACGAAAGACACGGUUUCGGCUUACCUAUUUCGGAUGCCGACCUGGCGGCGGUGAACGCCAAACGCGAUGAGGAGGGGAACGGCAAAAAAACCCUGACGCGAAGCCCUGGACUCCGGUUUCUUGAAUACGGAAAAGGCAAGGAUGGGUACUGGGGCUACGACCAGUUCGAAGAACAGGUCGAAGACGUGAUGGACGUCUUGGAGCACAUCGAUCCCGACAUGCAAAUAGUGUUCGAGGUCGACCACUCGUCGGGCCAUGGGAAGCAGCGAGAGGAUGGUUUGCAUGUAUCGAACAUGAACGUCAAGUAUGGGGGGAAGCAAAAGGUGUUGCGGGAUUCGGUCAUGACGGAGGAGUGCUUGGGUCCGGAGGAGGGCUUGGGUCCGGAGGAGGCGAAAAUGUAUUUCGCCAACGGCAGGUGGAGCACGAAGUUCAGCGAGGGGGCAGUGUGUGUUGACCAGAAGCUGACGGUGGGCCAGACUCAGACUAGCACUUUCGCGGUAGGUGCGCCUCCUCCGUUUUUCGAAUGGGAUGCUCCGCGCAAAGACAAGAAGAACGCGAAGGGGAAGGUCAAGGAAGGGUACGAGGGGAAAGCGAAAGGGGUCAGGCAGUACCUGUGGGAGCGUGGGUGGUGGAAGGACGGCAUGUCAACAGGGGCGGGAGUCAGUGACGAUAUGCACGUGGAAAAGGUUCUGCAAGCCUUGCCUGACUUUAAGAAUGAGAGGACAGCCCUGCAGCACCUGGUAGAGAGUAGGGGACACAUUCUUUUGUCGUCUCCGAAGUGUCACCCGGAGGUAGCGGGGGUAGGGAUCGAGUACUCGUGGGGGUUUUCCAAGCAGAAGUUUCGGCGGAAGAUCAAUGAUGAGGUCCCGAAGCACUUGCACGACAACAUCGAAAAGUCGCUGUGCAUAGACAAGUACUUGACAAUCGGUCGGGUGCGGCGCUUUGCCCGGCGAACACGAGACUACUGCCGGGCUUACCGCGAGAUUGCGCUUCGCGGGGUAGUCAUCAGGAACAAGGAGUUCAUCGAGAAGAUGCGCAAGAUCCAAAAGGCCCACCGCAACAUUUUGGACAUGGAAACUAGUUUUCUUGGCGACCAGUAACAACGUCGGCCGGCCGAUGGCGAGGGGGGGGGGUCUCGAGUUGUGUGUGCAUGUUUUGUUUUAUGCUGUGAGAGAAGCGGGUGUUGUGUGAGCUGUGUGUUGUCGUUGUAGAUUGUAGUCGGUGGCAUGUACUUGUACAUUGGAUUUUUUUUCUGCGAGAUAAACGGGUGUGGUGGGGGUGUGUGUUAAAUGAGUCGGUUUCAAGCUGUAGUUUGCAUCAUUUUUUUCUGUAAGAUUAACCGGUGCGAGAAGUUGUGUGUGUGUGUUGAUGAGUCUGUCAGUUUGAAUGUUGUUUUUAGAUAAGCGGGUGUUUUUUAACCGCUGUCAAUCAACGAACGAAGUGUUUUUUUUUAUGUACAAAGAAACGUCAACUUUUGUGCGAUUUGUGCAAAAAAACAUUUGUCAUGCGUUUUGGAGCGCUUACCUUCAGAUUACAACCUCUUGCAUGUAUGUGUGUCACGUCAUUACGAUCGAUAAGCACCCACACCUACCUGUCCAACCAAAGGGGUACAGUCAGCAUCUGUGCGCCUCUUGCCAUCAGGCCGCUUUCGCGCCCCUUUUCUCGGGCUGUAAGGCCUUCAUUUUCCUACACAAUUUCCGCCCCUGCACCCAGGUAUCGAGGUCAUGACGCAAUUUGCUAUUUCCGAGCCGGUUUUUACGAAAUGGAACCUGAAAUUUCGAUAUGUGAUUAGGAGUGGUCUUACAAAUGCCCCCGAGUGAGAUGUCGUUUUUUUUCUUUUUUUAAGCCACAAAAACCCCUAUGCUAGGAUUCUC